AUGUAAACUUUCAACAGUUUAAUGAAUACCAGGCAUGCUAUUAACAGAAAUAUGACCACUCCAGCGGAUAUAAGAAGAGGCAAUAAAAAUGAAAUGUCAAUUGUAGGUUAAACAUUUUCUUCUUAAGAACUACUAUCAGAGCUACUUGAGCUUGCUUUAGUACUUGGCGAAGAGACCGAACUUUUUUCUGAUGUAGCAAUAUUCGGUUGUAUUAAUUGUGCUAAUCUUUGA